AUGCCAUUAUUGGAAACGGCAAAUUUUGAAAUAACUACGGAAAAUGUUAAAAUUCCUAAAGUUAUGCCACGUGUUCGUAUAGAAAAAACAUCAUUACCAUUUGAAGAGAUUCCUGGACCGAUGAUCUUGAAGUUAUGGGAAAAAUAUUGGAGAUACGUGCCACUUCUGGGUACGCAACUGUUUUGCAGUCUACUAAUUAGCAGAUUUAUCCAGGGACGAUUAUCUUGGAAUCGCAACGUCACACCAAUUAAGUACUUAUUUGAUAAAUAUGGAUGCGUCGUACGAAUUAACGGGCCGCUUGUAAAUGACAUAAUUAUGAUUCACAGACCUGAGCAUAUAGCAGAAGUUUUCAAGCAGGAGAGUGAAUCACCUAUUCGUAGUGGCAUUGAUAUCCUCCAACAUUAUCGCCUUAAUCAUCACAAAUAUCGUUCUGCCGGAGCGUUUUCUCUACAAGGUUUGGAGUGGUUAGAAGUAAAAAAGAAAGUUGCUCAGCCGUUGCAUGAGACUGUUUCCGAUUAUAUUGAAAAACUGGAUUCAGUGUGUGACGAACUUAUUAAUAAAAUUCGUAAUAUUCGCAAUCGUCAAGAUGAGGUACCAACAAAUUUUGAUCAAGAACUCACUGCAUGGGGUAUGGAAUGCUUCUAUAUGACAAUGUUCAACAAGCAUUUCGGUUUUCUUGAUUCUACCUCAAAAUCAGCUUCCGAAGCCACAAAAAUUAUUAAUGCAUUAAUCACUGCCCACACAUAUAUGAGUCGCUGCGAAACUGGAUUUCAAGUGUGGAGAUUCUUCGAAACUCCAUUUGUCAAAAAGCUUUAUGAAGCUUGCGAUGCUCUUGAUGAAGUUAUUGGAAAAUACAUUCGUCAAACUCAGAAUAAACUGCAAACUUUAUCACUGUCAAAACAAGAAGAAUCUAUGAAUAAAGAGAGAAAUUUACCAUUACUGGAAAAAAUGAUGAUUCAGCGUAUUCAUCCAAAUGACAUUUCUAUUCUUUUGAUGGACAUGCUUAUUCUAGGCGUUCAAGCUGUCAUUAAUUGCGAGGCGUUUCUACUUUAUUUCCUAGCAAAAAAUCCUCGAAUACAAAAACGGUUGUACAAUGAAAUAAUGACUGUUUUGUCUAAAACCGAUGGUACUUUAACAAAAGAAAGUUUGACGGAUAUGCCAUAUCUAAAAGCAUGCAUAAAAGAGAGUCUUAGAUUACGACCAGCUUUUCCCUAUUUAACGAGAUUAUUGCCAUCAGAAAUUUCGUUACAUGGAUAUACAAUACCAAAGGGAACUUUUGUCAUAAUGGCAAAUCAAAUAACAUCACAACGUGAAGAACAUUUUGAAGAUCCUAAGAAAUAUCAACCAGAAAGAUGGUUGAAUCAGGAUGAAUAUGCGCAUAAUGAUUAUCAAGAGUAUUCAUGUCUACCCUUUGGUUAUGGUAUACGAUCCUGUCUGGGAAAAAAAAUGGCAGAAACACAAAUGAUGUUACUCACUGCAAAAUUGGUACAAGAAUUCACAAUCGAGUAUGAUUAUGCUGAAAUUCGAAGUAGAUUUCUUAUGAUAAAUGUACCAAAUAGAUCACUACGUUUUCGUUUCGUAGAUAAAAAUUAA